AUGCCUAAAAUUAGCCGAGAAAAGGAUAGGAAAGUUCUCAUUUUCACUCCUGAUGUUGACCGCGAAACAGUCAUAUCAGCUAAGUUGGCUGCCGCUUUUACUUACUUUAUGGCGAUUAAUCUUAUUCUUUCCUUAUCACUAGUUAUUUAUUUUUUAGCGGCUACUAAUCUGGGAGUAGUUGCUACAAGAAGGCGGUUCUUUCUUGAUAAAGAAUAUCCUGAAGAUGGAAAAUGUUUAGGAGAGAUUGAUGAAGAUAAUAAAGAUAUCAGUAAUUGCCCUGUGGUAGGAAGUUUAAAACUUUUAAAAGACCUAAAUGAACUACAAGAAUUAAAAAUUUCUAACACCAACCUCAGUGAAGGUUUAGAAUGCUUACCAGAAACCGCCACAACUGACCCAUUAUUAGGAGGUAUACUAGCUGCGACUUCGCCAGUAAUAGAAGUAAAUAACUAUAAUGAAUUAUUAGGAAUACUAGCUCCCAUUGAAAUUAAGGAAUUGUUAGGGGGUGAAGUAAGUCAAGUAACAAAGGAGUUAAUUGAAAAAACUAAGGAGUUUUUAAAAAUAUAUGAUGAAGAUGAAAAUGAAGAAAUUAGCUUGGAAGAGUUAAUAAGCGAGCGAAACAAACUAACCCAAGACCUAAACAAAGAACGAAAACAAUUAACUGAUGAAGAAUUAGAAUUAUUAGACAAAGAGAUAAAUAAAUUAGAAAAAGAUUUAUCUGAGACUGAGAAAGAAAUAAACCAUAUCCAGGAAAAAUUAACUAGAACUAACUUUUUACUUCUCGAAAACCAAGUUAAAAGCCUCAAAAAUAUAAACCUGAUUAACAAGAUUAGUCAAGAAGAAGAAUUUAUUGACUCUAAGGAAGAAGUAAAAGAUGAUAUUCAACCAGAGGAUGAAGAUGAAAUUAAAGAAGAAUUUCAACAAUUUGAAGAACACCAGACAAUCGAUUUAGAUAAAUACUUGGAAGAAAAAGAUAAUGAGCAAGAGGAAACAAUUCAAGAAGCCCAAAUCGAACAACCCCCUAAAUAA